UGGAAUCACAUGACUGUGUCUUCACAUGGUGGAAUGAGGUCCAGAGGUCCUUAAACCUGACUGGACUUGCUGGUUUGUGUCUGUUUUUGUGACUGAAUGUAGUUCUGUUCUGAUUCUCAGAUUUAGAAGCUAUUUCUCGUCUCGGAGUUUCUGUCCAUGGUUCUGAAACUGCGUGGCCGUGGACAGGUCACAUGACUGGGCUUCCUGUCAGAGAACAAGAUGCUCUGCGUGUGUGCCUGUGUGCGCGCGUGCUGGCUCUGCACGCGGACUCUUGGGUCUUCAUGAUGCUCCUGUGCUCCGGUGGAAGGCUCCGGUAAGACGGUCUGCCUCUAGGAGGCUCCCAGUGUGCUGCUGAACGCCUAAAUGGGACUCGAAGUGUUCGCUUUUCCUUUUUUCUUUGGCAGUUGCGGGCUUUAGUGUAGUAACUGUGGAUGGGUCCACUGGAGUGGGCUGCUGCCCACCAAGUCUGACUGUGUUUCGGAGCUGCUGAGAAGAAGAAAAUGUAAAAAUCUGCAGGCAGCCCCCCAGAUCCUUUGGAUUCACAGCCAAAAUGCAGAAAGGAAUGAGACUUAAUGAUGGCCACAUCACCUAUCUGGCUCUUUUGGCGAAAAAGGACGGAACGAGACGAGGUUGCUUGAGUAAAAAAAGCUCAGACAACACAAAAUGGCAUUCAAAGUGGUUCGCUUUGUUGCAGAAUAUGCUUUUUUAUUUCGAAAACGACUCCAGCUCACGCCCCUCCGGAUUGUACCUGUUGGAGGGAUGCGUUUGUGACAGGGCACCGUCACCGAAACCAUCUCUGUCAGCGAAGGAAUGCUUAGAGAAGCAGUAUUACUUCACUGUCACUUUCAACCAUGACAACCAGAAGGCUCUGGAACUGCGCACGGAGGAUGUCAAGGACUGUGAUGAGUGGGUGGCUGCCAUCACACAGGCCAGUUACAGAAACCUGGCGACAGAGCAUGAGACCCUCAUGCAGAAGUAUCUCCAUCUGCUCCAAAUAGUGGAGACGGAGAAAACGGUUGCCAAGCAACUUCGACAACAGAUAGAGGAUGGGGAAAUCGAGAUAGAGCGGCUAAAAUCAGAGAUUGCUGGACUGCUCAAGGACAAUGAGAAGAUCCAGUCAAAUCCAGAGGUGCCACCAAGUGAGGAUGACACUGAGAUCAAGAAGAUCAAAAAGGUCCAGAGUUUCCUGCGGGGCUGGAUUUGCCGCAGGAAGUGGAAAACUAUCAUUCAAGACUACAUCCGUUCACCCCACGCUGAAAGCAUGAGGAAGAGGAAUCAGGUGGUCUUCAGCAUGCUUGAAGCAGAGGCUGAAUACGUCCAGCAGCUCCACAUUCUGGUCAACAACUUCCUGCGACCGCUACGCAUGGCCGCCAGCUCCAAGAAGCCUCCCAUCACCCACGACGAUGUCAGCAGCAUCUUCCUUAACAGUGAGACCAUCAUGUUCCUCCACCAGAUAUUCUACCAGGGCCUGAAGGCCAGGAUAGCCAGCUGGCCUACACUUGUGUUGGCGGACCUGUUUGACAUCUUGCUGCCCAUGUUGAACAUCUAUCAGGAGUUUGUGAGGAACCACCAGUACAGCCUGCAGAUCCUGGCCCACUGCAAGCAGAACCGAGACUUUGACAAGCUGCUGAAGCAGUACGAAGCCAAACCCGACUGUGAGGAGAGGACGCUGGAAACCUUCCUCACAUACCCCAUGUUCCAAAUUCCUCGUUACAUCCUGACCCUUCAUGAGUUGUUGGCUCAUACACCUCAUGAACAUGUGGAGAGAAACAGUCUGGAGUAUGCCAAGUCAAAACUGGAGGAACUUUCCAGAAUAAUGCAUGAUGAGGUGAGUGAGACGGAGAACAUCAGGAAGAACCUGGCUAUUGAGCGGAUGAUUGUUGAAGGUUGUGAGGUGCUUCUGGACACAAGCCAAACAUUCGUUAGACAAGGUUCCCUGAUCCAGGUGCCAAUGAGUGAGAAAGGGAAGAUCACAAGGGGCCGCCUGGGCUCUCUGUCUUUGAAGAAGGAGGGUGAGAGACAGUGCUUCCUCUUCUCCAAACACCUAAUCAUCUGCACUCGAGGGUCAGGAGGAAAACUUCACAUUACUAAGAAUGGAGUGGUCUCUCUCAUCGACUGCACGCUGAUUGAAGAGCCAGAGGGAACAGAUGACGAGUCUAAAGGUGAGCGCAGUGGUCAGGACACAGAGCAUCUGGACUUUAAAGUGAUGGUGGAGCCCAAAGACAGCCAGCCGUACACUGUCAUCCUGGUGGCUUCAUCCAGGCAAGAAAAGUCAGCGUGGACAAGCGAUAUCAGCCAGUGUAUUGACAAUAUCCGCUGCAAUGGACUAAUGAUGAACGCCUUCGAGGAAAACAGUAAAGUUACCGUUCCACAGAUGAUUAAGUCAGACACCAGCUUGUACUGUGACGAUGUUGACAUUCGCUUCAGCAAGAUGAUGAACUCCUGCAAGGUGCUGCAGAUCCGCUACGCCAGCGUGGAGCGCUUAUUGGAGAGGCUGACCGACUUGCGCUUCCUCUCCAUCGACUUCCUGAACACAUUCCUCCACUCCUACCGCGUCUUCACCAGUGCUGAUGUGGUAUUGGAUAAGCUCAUCACCAUCUACAAAAAGCCUAUCAGUGCCAUCCCUGCACGUUCUUUGGAGCUUUUCUUUGCAAGUAGCCAGAACAACAAACUCCUCUACGGCGAACCACCCACAUCGCCGCGUGCCAGCCGCAAGUUCUCCUCCCCUCCUCCUCUUUCAAUCACCAAGACGUCCUCACCCAACCGCCGUCGCAAGCUUUCGCUCAACAUCCCCAUCAUCACAGGGGGCAAAGCCCUGGACCUGGCUGCACUCAGCUGUUCCCCCAAUGGCUAUGCAAGCAUGCACUCUACCAUGUCACCCUUCAGUAAGACCACACUAGACAUCAACAAGCUCUAUGUGUCAAGCACCAUGGCCAGCAAAAUCCCAGACGAGGGGGAGCCCAAAGCUGAAGGCAAGACUGAGGAGUCUGUCCUCAACAAGCAAGAUCUGUCGGUAAGAGAGGAAUGUGAUGAAGACCCAAGUCAGAGUGAUGAAGCAGAAGCAGAAAUGUCUCCUCCCAAGUCACCAUCAACGCCCAAGAAUGUCAAACCAAAAAACUCUGAGUUUUCCUUGUUUUCCUUUAAUAAUGGCAUGGUGGUGUCAUCUUGCCGGGAGCUGGACAACAACCGCAGUGCCCUUUCUGCCGCUUCAGCCUUUGCCAUUGCAACUGCAGGUGCCAAUGAAGGCACGCCGACCAAGGAAAAGUACCGUCGUAUGUCCCUCGCCAGCACAGGAUUUCCUACAGACCAGAGGAAUGGUGACAAAGAGUUUGUUAUCAGAAGGGCUGCCACCAACAGAGUCCUGAAUGUACUGCGUCACUGGGUCUCCAAACACUCCCAGGACUUUGAGCUGAACACAGAGCUGAAGAUGCGGGUAAUUGGCUUCCUGGAGGAGGUGAUGCAUGACCCAGAGCUCCUGACACAGGAAAGAAAAGCAGCUGCUAACAUUAUCAGGACACUGACCCAGGAAGACCCAGGAGACAACCAGGUCAGCCUGGAGGAGAUUAUUCAGACGGCCAUGGAGGACUGUAAGACAGAGCCAUUUGAGAGCCACUCUGCCCUGGAGAUAGCCGAACAACUCACACUGCUGGACCACCUGGUCUUCAAGGUCAUCCCAUAUGAGGAGUUCUUUGGUCAAGGCUGGAUGAAGAAUGACAAGAAUGAGAGGACGCCUUACAUUAUGAAAACAACGAAGCAUUUCAAUGAUAUCAGCAACAGGAUUGCCACAGAAAUCCUGCAAUGGGAUGAUGUCAACAUGCGAGUAGCGGUGAUCGAGAAGUGGGUGGCAGUGGCUGACAUCUGUCGCUGCCUCCACAACUAUAACGCUGUGCUGGAGAUCACAUCCUCCCUCAACCGCAGCUCCAUCUUCCGCCUCAAGAAGACCUGGCUAAAAGUCUCCAAGCAGACAAAGACUGUGAUUGACAAGCUACAGAAGCUAGUGUCAUCAGAGGGACGUUUCAAAAACCUGAGAGAAGCUCUGAAAAACUGUGACCCUCCCUGUGUUCCCUACCUGGGGAUGUAUCUGACCGACCUGGCUUUCAUAGAGGAGGGAACACCGAACUACACAGAGGACAACCUGGUCAACUUCUCUAAGAUGAGAAUGAUAUCUCACAUUAUCAGAGAGAUACGCCAGUUUCAGCAAACAGCAUACAAAAUUGAUCAUCAACCAAAGGUUGCAAAGUACCUGCUGGACAGCAGUACUGUGCUGGAUGAAGAGAGUCUGUAUGAAGCAUCUCUGAGAAUCGAGCCCAAAACUUCAUCAUGAAGAGGAUGUUUCUCUCUCUGCCAGCCCUCAGCCCUCACAUGGAGUGUACAGACACAAUACACUCAGUCUGCAGUUUAUCACAUGUACCUAGUGAAAUCUAAACCUCUCUAAUACAACAGUCCUGCAAUAAAUCCCCUUUUGUGAUUGUUAUAAUGUACAGUUUAUGUUAAAACAGAUCAGAGGAUAUGUGGUUUGCAAAUGCAGUCAACUGUACUGAAGCCUCACUGAACGAAAUUACUUAGUCAAAAUACUAGAAAUAUGUCAGUGCAAUGCAAUAACAAACUGCAACCUUUAAAAUAAACACAGAGUUGAAUCUAAAACUUCAAUAGUUUAUUAAGCUCUGAAUAUUACAAGCUUCGUGAGGGUAACAUUUACUGGAGGACUGGGGUAUUAGACUGCAUUACUUUGAACUCAGUGCUCCUUAAACUGGUAACUAAGUGUAUAUCAUAAUGUAGAUAAAACUAUUAUUUGUAUUAGACACAGUAGGCUGUGCCCCUCUAGUAUGUGCUCCCCAAUGGACUUGUUGUGUAUAAUUGUUACUAGAGACUGAGUAGAAGCCCAGAGAGGUUUUAUUUAUAUAGCUACAGAGUAUUUAUAUGUUAUUUAUUGUCCUAAAUACCAUUUUAUGAUGAAGUUACUUUGAACCAAAAGAGAACAGAUGAGAGAGUAUUUAGAUAUGAUAUUUAGUAAUGUCCUAAUGAGAACAUGCAGCAUAAAAAGGCUGGUGGUUACAUUUGACAUGUGAUAAUCAGCUCAGAUAUUCAAUCUAUUAUCUUCUAACAAAAACAGUAAGUCGUUCUUAACCCUUAAAGAUCUAGAACUACUUUUGUGGCCUCUUUCAAAAGAAUUAAAACUUUCCUAAGUGAAUUACCAUUUACUAUAGCAUUAUCCUCUGCAUUUUGCAGUUUUCAGUGAAAUUCCAAUAUUUUCCUAUAUUUAAUUUACUGAUCAUGUAGAUGUUCAUAAAAGAGUAUUAUAUCAAAACAGAGACAACUGAGGAAAAAGUGACUUUUCAGUAAAAUGUUUCAUAAACUGAAUGUAAAAACAAGCGUCUACAGCCACUGACACGUCACACUUCAUGUAUGUGGUGAAUCAGUGUUACAGAAGAUGAUUGUGUUUCCACAUUCACUACGGAGCCUCUGAACGCCUGAAUGGAUCAUAUGUGAUCUUGCUACAAAGCUUAGAAACUGCAUUUUACCUGAAUCAUUUCAAUGUAUUGAUAUGAUUAGUGGUUCAAAAGUUAUUAAACAAUUUUAGAUCAGUGCACUGGUUGUUUCGGGGGUUUGAGGGUUAAAAGUGUAUGAAUCCUCCAAAUCUGCUCACCCAGUGGCUGUGAUCUUUCAUAUAAGGCUCUGAAAGCAAGACAACUUCAGAAACGUUCCCCUUAAAAGUACAGAAGCUGAAUCGUACCCUCAUGUUUUAUGUAUCCACUCUACAGCAGUGAUAAAGGGUUCAUUGAUGUUAGUCGGUGUAGAUGCUGGUCUCUGACUGAGCUGGGACAUAUGUUUUCUGUUUGGAGAGAUGGUUUUUAUGCUUUGCUUAUUAUCACCUUUUUCCCCUGGUGGGCAACAUGAUGUAUAUACAGUAUAAGCACCGGGCAAUGUAUGUAGCAGAUGUAUCCAAUAUUGAGCCACUUCAGGAACUGAAAUUCCCUGCUUCUACACUCAGACAGUGAGAGCAUUGUUUUUAUUGUUAAUCCUCUUUGGCCAGUGCAUUAUGGUUUUGCCUUAAUCAUAAAAUGGAUUAUAUACCACAAACGUAUGUAAACUAUUUUGUUCUACAAUUUGCCAAUGAAGCAGAAGUAUUUGCUGUGUACAAUAUUGUGUACAGGCAGUCUGAUGCAUUUCCUAACGUGCAAUGUGUUAAAAACAUAUCCCUCGAAAUGUGUUAUCCUUAUGAUUGUUCAACUCUGUAAUAACUUUUCUGUGUAUGAUACUUUGAAACAAAUGUUGAAAACAACUUAUAAGUGUAACACAUUCUGUAUCCUGUCUAUUCAGAUGUUUUAGCAGGAACUAUACAGUAGUAAUAUUGUGCUUAUUCUUGGAAUAUUUAUAUGUAUUUUUUACAGGCUUUGUAUAGAAAAACAACUAAAGCUUGAGUGGCAGGCAUGUACCACUUUCACGUGUUCUAAUCAAAUCUAUAUCUAGAACAGUAACGUGUACUGUAUUUAAACCCUGACCCUUGCACAUGGAUCUUUACCCUCUAACAGGCACAUCAAAUGUUUGCAGUGAGCAAUACCCAAUGGUAUGAGAAUUAUUUCAGUCUAUUUCAACAGCUUGAGUAGUAUUUCCAGUUUUGUAUAAAAGUGUAUUCUUUCCUGAUUACCUCUUGUUAAUAAAUCUAUUCUUUCUCAGGGGGAAAA